AUGUCGACUUUUCCUGCUGCGAGUCCCUCCAUUUGGGUCGGCGGCCUGGACCCUAACCUCAAUGAGCAAAAACUCUAUGACCACUUUGUACGUGUCGGACCAGUGGCCUCUGUGCGUGUUUGUGUUGACUCCGCCACACAAAAGUCACUUGGCUAUGGGUAUGUGAACUUCCAAAACCCUGCUGAUGCUGAAAAGGCGUUGGACCAAGCUGGUGUGAAGCUGGGAUCAAAGCACAUCCGCAUUGCAAAGAUUCAACGUGAUCCGUCCAAACGCCGCAGUGGGGUGACCAACAUCGUAGUGAAGAAGUUACCACCAGCUGUGGAUACCUAUGCCCUGAAGGAGAUGUUCUCAAAGUUCGGUCGUCUCACUGCUAUUGGUCUCGCUACAAAUGAGAACGGUGAAUCUCGUGGUUAUGCACGUAUUUCAUUUGAAAAGGAGGAAUCUGCAGUGGAAGCUGUACAGGAGGUCAAUGGAAUGACUAUUGAUGAUUGUGUUAUUACAGUGGAGCGUUAUCAACCCCACCAUCGUGAAGAACAGUUAAAGCAAUACACAAAUCUCUAUGUCAAGAACCUUGAUCCCUCUGUGGAUGAUGAAAAGCUUAAGGAGACAUUCUCCGCUUUUGGUGAGGUAACCUCCGCUAAGGUGCGUAAUCUUGGUCCAAGCCAGACAGUGGGAUUUGCCUACGUCGCAUAUGCCACUCAUGAGGCUGCCGCCAAGGCUGUGGAGGAAUUGGAUGAAAAGGAAAGUCCACUGGCGAAGGAGGGUCUUAAGCUGAGUGUUUGCCGCUUCCGCUCUCGUGAAGAGCGCCAGCGCGAGCGUGAACGUCUGCGCCGCGAGCGUCAGCAACAACACAGCAAGUACCCUAACCUCUACGUCAAAAACUUUGAUGACACUGUUACCAGCAGCCGUCUUAAGGAGGUAUUUGAGCGGUUUGGUGAGACCGUUUCCGUAAGUGUCAUGAUGGACAAGGCCACCAAGCUGUCUCGGUGUUUCGGUUUUGUAUCUUUCAAGGAGCAGAGUUCUGCGGCUCGUGCGAUCCAGGAACUGCACGGCAGCACCGUCCUCGGUCCACGCCCGCUGUUUGUCACCUACGCUCUCCGCAAGGACGCCCGCCGCCAGACGCUGGAGGACAUCCGCAACAAACAGCCCCGCAUGCGUCAGCCGCCGAUGGGUGGUUUGAUGGGCGGCAUGAUGGGCCCGCAGCUCGGCUUUAUGGGCCCGCAGACGAUGUUCAACGGCGUCCCCUUUGUGAACCCCCGCAUGCCGAUGAUGCCAGCGACGAUGGGCAUGGGCGCCCCCAUCCGACCACUCGGCCCAACGCCGAUGAAUCAAGUGCGGGCACGACCCGCCCCACAGCGUGUGCCGAUGCAGCAGAUGAUGGCAGCCCCGCAGCCACAACCACCGGCUCCACAGGGACAGAACCUCUCCACCGUCCUCGCAAAUCUCACUCCAGAGCAGCAGAAGAAUGUGCUGGGCGAGCGCCUGUACAACUAUAUCGUCCGCGUAAACCCCUCAGUGGCGGCAAAGGUGACAGGUAUGCUGCUCGAGAUGGACAACAGCGAAAUCCUCAACCUGCUAGACAACCCCGCGUUGUUGGACACAAAGGUGCAGGAGGCCCUCGAUGUGCUGAACCGCCACAUGAAUGUGUAG